AGAUGGCAAUAGAGAGUCACAGGAUGCCAUGAAUGUUUUGUUUACUUAUCUCCUCCAGUCUUUACCCCGUAGCCACCAGCUAACCUUCAUUCUUGCUGACAGCAGAGAACCGGGUUUUAAUAGGUGUGUGUGUGUCAGCUGACAGCUGUAUGAUACUAGCAUGUUAGCCUCAGACUUAGUAACCGUGCACAGCUCUAUAUCGCCUCCUUUUCCGGAAUUUUGAGCUGCUGGUUGCAGUAUGUCUAGUUGAAAUUAUACAUGCGAAAAAGAGUCACAAAUUGAUUUUUCUGGAAUACCCCAAGUGCGUUUUUGAGGCACCACCGAGCUAACAGCAAGGAAGCAAAUCCUCCUAAGCUAGCUGUAGCCGUCGGUUAGCUUUCACGCGGGCGGCGGCGUCUCCAUGGAGAGCUUAAAAGUGUUCGCCAGGCUUUUAGAAACGGUGUCAAGAGUACGUUUAAUGAGCAGACCGUAGACUUUUGGAUGAGGUAAAUGUUGACUAAAUGGCAAAAACCGAGCAGGGCUAUGGACCGGGAAUGCGGGGCAGCGGAGAGAAGCUGACAGAUAAUGGGAACGGUAACUUGUAUGGGUCCGACCCAGAGGUGAACGGUAACGGUAUCCCUGACGAGACGCAGGUGGACAAGUACGGCUUCACAGGAGGAGCCCAGCAGACCUCUGGAAACACGUAAGACAGAAAUUCAUACAUCUUAAAUCUUCCUCUACUACUACAAACUGUGAAUGAGUUCGGCUUUCUUUUAUAUUUCAAUAGACUGACACGAAAUUGUUGUCUUUUUAUUGAGAAACAUAAGCAUUAGAAAUAUAUUUGUCAUCCUCUUUCGAUAUAACAUGCAGACACUGUCAGAAACUUUGCUGGGAUUUUUAUAAAUAGACAAACUGUACCUGAAGGGAGAAGCAGCUCUUGCACUCAUGAGGAAGUGAGUGCUAGAGGGCAUAAUAAGCAUAUAAUAGCGGUGAUAUCUGCUGUCAUUUGAGAGGACAGAUCGUUCAUACUGCUAAAAGUUAGAUAAUAGUUUGUAGAUUCAAUUUUAUUGCCUGGACCAGCUUUCAACCUUUCUCCAAACUAUAAAACCUUUAAAAAAAGUUGUGUCUUCCACAUACCAUGUAACAGGUUGCAUAUUUAACCAGUUUGGAGCAGUUUGACUACCUAACAAAGAGUUUAGAGGCGUGUUUGAGAAGUCAGAUUGCAUACAAAUGCAACAGAAUAUGUUUAUUCCCAAUAUCCAGCCAAUCAGGUUAGAAGCCACUAGGGCUUGGCGAUAUGGGAAAAAGUUUAUCACGAUAUAUAUUUUUCAUAUCAGUCGAUAUUGAUAUAUCGAUAUGAAAUUUAACAGUCACCUGGUAUCAUGUCUUUUGCAAUACAAUAAGCCACUGCAUCUGUGAGGUCUUUGUGUCUCUUCGACGUUGCGCCAGAGACAGCGGAAUGGUCGGCUGUUUCAGCUGCUCAGGUGCCAUGGGCUCCUUGCUCCGCUCGGGGUUUGCAACCUUUGCAUUGUAGCGCUGCUUCAGGUGGUGAAAAAGAUUUGAGAUAUUCCCCGACUUUGCGAGAACAUGUACUCGACAUAAUUUGCAGUGCACACUAUUUUGCUUCAUGUCCGACCUAAAAAAAACAAAAUACCUCCACACCAUCGACGUUUUCGUGCCACUGUUGUCAAGAGUGUCAUCAUCUUUUUUUCAUUUUUCUUUUUUUCUCACUGACUGUGCUGUCGGUUGCACCUGUUAAAGUGCUAUGGUUGCAUGUAGCUGCAGCCUGCUACUACGCAGUUGUUUGCUACUUGGUUCUAGUUCAGCAAACAAUUGGUUCAGCUUGAAGCGGACCCGGAGCAACUCCCCUUUUCAUUGGCUAUUGAUAUAGUCUACUAAAACAUGGCAGAAUGCCGAUUAUUGAAAAGCAUAUUGACUAUGUUUUAUAUUAAUAUUAAGGGAAAUUAACUUUUGAUAUAUAUGGCAAUCGUUUUAUCGCCCAGCCCUAGGAGGCACGAACCAAGACUAGUGUGCCUUUUUAGACCAUAUAAUUCCUGUGCUGGUCUUUACCCACAAUCUGAAGCGUUAUUUUUAAGUAUCUAAGGUUUUUUUUUAAAUCUGUGAUUUAAAUCUUCACAUUGAAGCACUUUGUGUUAUUGCUCGACUUGUUUUGUCUCUUGACUGUAAAGUAAAAUAGACUGUAGGUGUUCACAGAUAGUGAAACUGAAAUUUCUAGUUCCCCCAGCUGACUGGCAGCAGUGCAGGUCAUAAACCUUGCUUCUCCUUUUCUAAUGGAUGGGACAUAGACCAAACUACUUCAUGAAAAAAAACAUGUCAAAAAUUGUUUUCAAUGGUUUCUGAAAUUAAAGUUAGUUUAUUAUUAUGCUGGUUUAUGUAAAAGUGUUAAAAUUUCUGAGUUUAGUUUAAAUUAGUUAUUUGAAUCUAAAAGGAUUGACAAAUACCGACUCUUGCAAUGUUUAUAACCAGAUAGGUGGAGCAGAUGAGGAAUGAUGAGAGAAAACAUAUAGAACAUGAUGAGCAUGACUCAUUAAACUUUUUAUAGCCAAUAGUUAGUCUAAAGACAUCAAUCUAGCUACCCCACUGUGACAUCUCUAUGCGACUCCUGUGCUUUGUUUGGAAGAAGUUUUGUAUCCAGAAACAUCUCUGUCAGCUGACCAAGUGUGAUAAGAGGAAAGAGUGUGCAAAAUGGCAGUACUGUAGUGAAGCGAGAUAUGCUGUGAGUUGUGUAGGAGUUUACAGGGAAAAGAACAAGGGGAAAGUUCUCCCACAGCUUCCUGUUUUCCUUGUUCUUUGCUGCAGUUGGCAAGUGCUCCACUGUUUUGUCUGAGGUUAUGUUUCCUGUGCGGACAAGGAAGAGAUGAGCCCUCUCAUCCCACUGACUGUAAUGACAGGAACACUUUUGUCACAUGUACAUGGCAGUUGCUUUGCAUGAAAAUAAUUUGUUUGCUCUCAUCGGUACAGCGCAGAAGAAAUUCCCAAUGACGUGCUGAGGCAGCGAGAGUCUAAAUGGCUGGACAUGCUCAACAGCUGGGACAAGUGGAUGGCCAAAAAGCACAGGAAGGUCUGUUUAGUCAGCUGAACAGUAGAUCUUUGCUUCUUAACAGUAAUAAGAUGCAGAAGUAAUAAACAUUUGAACUUGGCUUGGCUUAUAAAGUUAUUUUCACAGCAGUUUUGAAAUCAAAGGAACAUAAUACACUCUUAAAAACAGUAAUGAGUCUGUUACGGCCUUGUGUAAAAGACAAAAUCCUGAUGUGUGGGAUAACAGGUGAGGGAGCGCUGUCAGAAGGGAAUCCCCCCAUCUCUGCGUGGACGGGCCUGGCUCUACCUCAGUGGGGGGAAAGUAAGAAGGGAGCAAAACCAGGGCAAAUUCCAGGUCAGUUGGAUAGUCAUGAUUCACUUUUGUCUGUUUGAUUGAUUAAAAAAAAGAGACUACCAAACUUAUCCAAUUCUGAUGUACUGUUAGGAACUGGACGAUCAACCUGGGGAUCCAAAAUGGGUAGACAUCAUAGAGAGGGAUCUCCAUCGACAGUUCCCUUUCCAUGAGAUGUUUGCAGCAAGAGGAGGUCAUGGGUAAGCAAUGCCUCUUUUCCUGAUGCCUGCCACUGUGUAAAUGUGAUCGUAGUUGUAUAAAACGUAAAUGUCCCGACAUUCAGGCAGCAGGACCUGUUCCGCGUGCUGAAGGCGUACACUUUGCAUCGUCCAGAGGAGGGUUACUGUCAGGCUCAGGCUCCCAUCGCCGCUGUUCUCCUGAUGCAUAUGCCAGCAGAGGUGACUACACAUUGAAAACAUCAUUUUUUAUUCUUAUAGAUUCAUAUCCUACAAUUUAACACAUACUCUUUGCUCCCUCUUUGUCACAGGAUGCAUUCUGGGUGCUGGUCCAGAUCUGUGAGAAAUACCUGCCUGGAUACUACAGUACAGGCCUGGUAAGGGUCCUCACAGACACACAAGAGGGCUAUGAUUAUUAUAUAUCAUAAGAAAGCUUGAAAACAGCUGUAUAUGACCUGAAACUGGGUUUUACAUUCAGAAUUUUAACUAUUAUGCAGUGAUACCCUAUCACAUAAACUCUUAUUAAAGCUUACCUGCAGUUCUGUGACAGAGUCUGAGCACACUCGACUCAUUUCACUCACUAAGACUGUUUCACACCACGAGGUGUUGACCGGGCUACAUAGUUAAGAUAAUCAGACAAUCGGAUUAAGCAGACAGAAGGAUGUCUGUCUUCUCUCUAACACUCUCUCCACUGUCUGUGUCUCCUUCUUACCCCCACAGGAGGCCAUCCAGCUUGACGGGGAGAUCCUGUACGCUCUACUGCGGCGGGUGUCACCUGUGGCCCAUCGUCACCUGAAAAAGCACAAGCUGGAGCCGAUCCUUUACAUGACGGAGUGGUUCAUGUGUGCCUUCUCUCGGACGCUGCCGUGGGCCUCAGUGCUGCGUGUGUGGGACAUGUUCCUUUGUGAGGGUAUGACACAUCAUUAUGUGCAUUAUACUAAGAAUGAAUAAGCGGUUUCACCUGCUGUGUGUUUAACUUCCAUUAUUCUUUCGAUAAAGCCUGAGAGUUAAAUCAUACAAUAGCAGUAUGUGAUAUUUCAUUGGGCGUUGUCAUGUGCUCUUUAUCUUCCUGUUUGAUUUGAAAUGUAAUACAGCAAAGUAUUUAUGUAAUACAGGAAAUGAUGAUAACAUGACACACCUCUUAUUUGAAUAUGGAGUUAGGAGACUUUCCACAUGAUCUUCAGUGUAUGUAGAAAGUCCAUCUGAAUAUCAACUCUCCACUUUUAAUGAUGUAACCUUUUAAACCCUUAUUCUAAAACGUCAGACUUACUAACAUCAGGUCUCUUGAUAGACCUGUGUACACAGAAAUCCUUCACUUAUUAGCAGCCGUAAUGUUAAUGAAGCUCUACACUGCACCAUUUCCAGAUGGGAAAUUAAUCAAACUUGAAAAUUUAACUACAAUUAAUAAAUGAAAAUGUAUCAAACAUGGUUUCUAUCCAAGUAAAAACUUCCUGUCCUCAGACUUAAAGCGGAUACAGAAGUGCUGAGAACAGCUGUUCUUUGAAUGUCUGCUGCAAUUACAGAUGACUACAAACACGCCUUUUUAAAAGAGUGUGUUUUAUGGCAAAAAUCAAUAUGCUUUCAGCCUGGUUCAAAAGACGGACUUGGUUUGAAUAGCUCAUUUUUCACUACACUACAGAGGUAAUAUUUUAAUACUACAUUAUUUGAAGAUAACCAGAGGCACAGCAGACCUUAUUGACAGGCAGGCACAUCAUAGCUGUGAGUGGAACGACUAAAGAACUGCUAACACUGUGGCUAAAAUCAGCCACUUGGGGCAAAAUUUAGCCACUAAUUUCCACAUAACUUUUUUUUACUGCAGCAAAUGGGAUGAUUUUUUUUGUGCAGAUGCUUAUAUUGAUGGACACUUUGAGAAUAUAACUUCAACAUUUUCACCAGGUCAAAAAUACGCGCUGAGCAAAUUUUCAUCCGUUGUUAACGCUCAGUGGCUAAAAAACAGCCACUAACUUUGACUGCUGUAAAAACAUAUUGGGUUAAUAUUUUUUUUCCAUUUUUUUUCAUAUAUGUCUUAAUCAACAUCUGAUUUGAUCAAAACUAGUAAAUGUUUCAUCUAAAAACAUUUUUUUAACCCUUUGAGGGUCCAUUCAAAACCUAAUGUCACUGAUAUGGUAGAAAAUAAAUCUAAUAAAAAUCUGUCAUUUUCCUGCCACUUUUUUCCCAAUAUUAGUGACUUUAUGUUUUAAAUAGGUCCUUAAAGGGUUAAAAUUUGGAUUCUUAAUGAAACAUUUACUAGUUUUGAAUAGAGCUAUUAAGUUAUUAAGAGAUUUAUGAAAAAAAAAAUAUGAAUCCAAUAUGUUUUUACAGCAGUCAAUGUCAGUGGCUGUUUUUAGCCACUGAGCGUUAAGAAAGGAUGUAAAUCUAAGGGUUACACAAGGGUUAACUUUUCACUUUUCACUUCUACCUUUUUGCCUCAUGUGAGGUCAAUUGAAGAUAAGCCUGAGUGACCAUGCUUAAUAUGGUGACUGCUACUGAUUGGUUCCAAACUCUGCAUUAGAUAAAAAAAUGGGUGACACUGAGACCACAUCCAUGUAUUUAUGAUCAGUCUUGUCACAAUGCUGGUCUAUGUUCAAGUGUUUGGUUUUCAGCUAAUGUAAGUUUUAGUGGGAAAGUGUCUGAACCUGACUUUUCUCCAGGUGUCUCAUGCACGUUGUCUGACUUUAUGCAGGAGUGAAGAUCCUCUUCAGAGUUGGCCUUGUUCUCCUCAAGUCCAUGUUGGGAUCCCAAGAGAAAUUAAAAACCUGCCAAGGUCUUUAUGAAACGAUGGAGCUGCUGCGCGCGAUACAGCCACAGUACAUGCAGGAAAGCUUCCUGGUGCACGAGGUACGCUUAAACUCUGCCACAUUAUCUGCUUUUACUGCGCACUCAGCUGCCUUCCUCUUAGACUUUGCCCUCCUGUGUGAAGUGACAGAGAAGACUCAACCGUGAACGUGUUUAAAUGCUGUAAGACACUCCCAAUGUUUCUCCCCCCUGUGACUCCCUCUCUUCCUCUGCCUGUGCUGUAGGUUAUUGUGUUGGAAGUGUCUGAGAAAGACAUUGAGAAGGAGCACCAUGCUCAGCUGAAACGCUGGAAGGAGUCUCGGGGAGAUCUCAAUUGCAAGUCCCCUCCUAGGAUGCACGGCGCUAAGGCCAUCAUGACUGCUGACCCGCCCAGCAGACAGGACCUGCGGCAGAGGCCCACCAUCAUUGUGGAGUCUCCCCUCACACCAAAAACAGAUGAAGUGAGAGUAGGAGACACCAUGGGCACAAGAGAGACUAAAGAGGACAAAGAGAAGAAAACAAUCCUCCCGUCACCGGAGAUAGUUAAUCCUUACCUUCCUCCGAGUGAGCCUUCACCUCUCCUCAAUCACGUGACCCCACAAGGGUCCAAAGAGAGUCUGAGCAGUGCAGAGCAUGACACUUACCUGUAGCAGGGUGAGUGUCACCACACAUGUCAUAUUCAUGUGGCCGGUUUAGUCUAGACUGUGACAAAUCUUCAAACUCAAACCAUUUUUUACAAUCACAGCACUCCUGGAAAAGUUGUGGAAACAGUUCAAAACACUAGAACAGCUGACAAAAAUGCUAUUUCUCAGACAACUAAGCAGUCGCUUCGCAUUCUCAGUGUCAUUUUAUUUGCACAGGCUGUUGUUCUUAACAGCGCUUUAACCUAGAAGUGAAGUCAUAUUAAUUUAUCAUUAAUCAAUCAUAUAUUUGAUUGAUAUUUUUGAAAACAUAGCAGAGCUAACAAAUCCGUUAUUACCAGGGAGGAACAGCAGAUGGCUACAAUGUGCACUUUGCACUCGUGUCCGUGACAUGAUAGCCUGUGGGAGUGUGGUGUGAUCUGCUUCACAUGACUGAACACACAGGGAAUAAAAAGCUACUGCUGCUAUUUACCUUUUCAAAGCAGAGCUCAGUUUUUCCGGCUAUUACUAUGAAUGAAUUCCAUUUUGUCUGAACUGAGUCUUUUCUUGAGCACUUUGCCUUUUUUGUCGUCCUCUUCGCCAGCAUCAGUUGUUCUUUUGAUUUCGUAUUUGUGUUGCUUUGUAUUCAUGUUGAUUUGCAGACAAAGUCAAACAGUUAAUCUGCUCAGGAAACUUUGUCGCAGGUUAUCUUAUAGUCCUGUGUUUGUGUUUGCUGAACACUUGGGGGCGCUAUAACAUCAUUUUGUCAGACUUGGCUGUGAUCAGCAGCAGAGACUCUCCAGCUGUGAGACUCUCAGAUGAAGAAAGAAGAGUGCAGGGAAUAUUUGUGCCACAAAGCCAAAGAUUUUAUUCAUUCAAUGUUUUUUUAUAGGGUAUGUGUUGUCCAAAUGUGCGUCCUCUUAGACUUUAGACCCUCAAAAAAAAAAAAAAAAAAGAAAGAAAGAAACGACAACAGAGGGGAUUAUUACUCUGCAGCCGAAGAAUCUAAACCUCAACUCUUAUUUCUUAGGUGAUUUUUACCUCUAUUGAUAGUUUUUAUUCUCACAUCCUUAACCAGAAGUUGCACUGAAACAUGUACAUGGUGUUUAUGCUUACCAAACUGUUGUGAUCACCCAAAUCACCGGCACUGUUGACCUAAAUCAGAGGGUUUCUUUGCUUUUUGAAAUGAUCUACCUGGUAAUUCUUGGACUUGUGCUAAAUUCUGAAAAUGCCAGAGUUUACUUUUCAGAAAAAAAUCAAGUAUUAUUGUAGUAAAAGUAAAAUGAGCCAUAAAUCUUCAUUCAUCAACCAGUAAGUGUUGAUUUGAUCAUAUUUAAGAUGCUCUAAAGAUUUCAUUGUUUAAUGACAUGACAAGCAGUCCCCUCUUUGCAGCCCCCCGCCCUGGACUUGACUCUCUCAACGGUUCAAGUGUAAUCGUGUCAGUGUGCUGUGAAAAUUUUUAUAAGGAAAAGUGUUUCUUUGAACGAUUGUUUUAAAAACUGUAAGAUUAUUUUGAAGUUUGUUUUCUAUGAGGUAGCUGUGGCUACCAUGUCCUUCUUUGGAGAGCUUUUAAUAUUGUCUUAAAGAUGGCACCAACGAGCUAAUCUAGGAUUCAUACGAAUCACGAAACAAUCAUUCAGAAUGAUACAGACUCUGUAAGAUGAACGGUUUGUUUGUACUUUUUGAUAGAAAUUAAAACACUGAUCAAAAUAAAAUACUCAAAAAUAAGAUCCUUUUAUAACAAGUGUGAGAUACUGACUUGUUGCUCUUAUCAUAGGAGUGCAUUUAUUGAGCCUGGAGCUGGUAAAUGUGCAAUCAUCCAUCUGUUUUCAUGGUAUAUAGGACUAUUUCUGAUAUAUACUGCAUCUCCAGGCUGUUUUAUACCAUAGUACAUAUAAAUCAUUAAAAGGUGAAAAUUGUUA